AUGGACAUCUUGCCUUAUUAACCUCGAAUAGCUUUUACAAGAACUUAAAGAGUAAGAUCUAUGCUUUAAACUCCUAUAAGUUUGGCUCAAACUAGUUCGACGAAUUUCAAUCAGCAAAAUCAAGGUUAAAAUCAAUCUAACAUUUAAUUUAAAAGAAAUAGAUAACUUCGUAAUAGUUUCAGUGAAUUACCUGGAUUUUAACUAAAGAACUAUCAAUUUUAAGGUACUUUAGGAAAGGGAUAAUUUGCAAAGGUUUAUAAAGCCUAAAGAAAAAAAGAUGGUUUGAUUGUUGCUGUAAAAGUAUAUGAAAAAUGCUUUUUGAAUAUGAUGAGAAAGUAGAAUAUUUAAAGAGAGAUCAGUAUUUUGAAUCAGUUAGAACAUCCAAAUAUAAUAAAGCUGAUUGAAGUAGUUGAUAAUUUAAGAGGAAUAAAUUUGGUGAUGGAGUAUGGAGGAGAAGAGAAUUUAAGAGAACUUUCUAAUAGAUCAGAAAGUAACAUUAAACAGAUAAUUAGACAAAUGAUUAGAGCCUUGAAUUAUCUUCAAAGUAAAUAGAUCAUACAUAGAGAUUUAAAGCUAGACAAUGUAUUAAUAAAUAAUGGUAUGAUUAAAAUUAUAGAUUUUGGAUUUGCUGUAUAGACAGAGGGAAAUAAAUUAUCUGUUUUUUGUGGAACUCCAAAUUAUAUGGCACCAGAAUUGUUGUUAAAGAUAAUUUGCUAUUCUUACGAAGUUGAUAUGUGGGCUUUAGGAAUUAUCUUGUAUCAUAUGAUCUCGAUUGCAUAUCCUUUUAAAGGGAAAAAUGAAUAAGAACUUUAUGCAAAUAUUAAAUAAGGAUUUUAUUAAAAACCAUCUUGCAUAAGUGAAUUAGGAUUUUAAUUUUUAGAUAAGUUACUUACUAAUAAUCCUAAAAAAAGAAUAACAGUGAAAGAAGCUCUUUUACAUAAAUGGCUAAUCGAACCUAUGAUAAAAUAUUAUGAUUGA